AUGCUAGACCGGUUCCGCCCAUGGGCAUCGACGGUAAUCUAUGCGAUCAUAGCGGCUGUGUUGUUGCACUUUGCCCGCUUCUAUCCUUGGCACAGGCUCUAUCUCUCGCGAUCCAACGCUUCGCUGUUCGAGCACCUGCCGCCGGCGUCGGACUUUGACAAUGUCAGUUGCUUCUUACCUCGUAAAGCAGCCCUGAGCAGUGCUCAAGUCAAUCACUUGUUUGCGAUUGGAUCUGUUGACAAAGCCGGGCUCGACCGAGAGCACUGCGUUCAUUAUGCCUCGCGCUUCACACCUUAUCUUGCAGCCGCAUGGGGAAACACAUACAUUGCAGAGGCUCGACAGCGACUGGGUCUACCAUCCAGCACACACAUCACGAAUGACCUCAUCUGGUACGCAAACGUGCUAGCAGAGAACGAUGCAAAGCGGUAUCCGCAUAUUGAUUGGUCCAAAACUACGCUACCACAGACAUGUGCAGCCCUGAGGCCCGCAGCCGUCAAGCGGAUCUCGACUCAAGCGCGCAACAAGAGACCUCGAGUCGCAUUUGUUCUUCGCCUAUAUCAAGACUAUGUCUGGACUGAGGAUGCCAUCCUCCAUCUUCGUGCUCUUGUCUGGGAAUUACGCACCGCCGAUCUGUCUUUCGAUGUGGAUGUGCAUCUCCUCGUCGAGGUCAAGGAUGCAGCCUUGUACAUUUCCAUGUUCAGCUCAUCUGGGCGAAACCAAUUCCUUCGAGGUAACGUUCCGAUUGAGUUCUGGUCCAUGGUUACCUUAUGGAGUGAACAUGAAAUGACCUUGCGCUAUCCUCUGUACGGCGACUUUCGAUCCGGAAUCAAAGCAGCAGGGUCUUAUCGGGCAUGUCUGCUUGCCAUACAGCGCUUCGCUGUUCAGCAUCCAGAGUACAGUGACUUUGUCAAUUGGGAGAUGGACACACGUUUUACUCAUACAUACGAUCAUCUACUGGAAACUGUGUAUGCCUACGCUUUUCACGCGCAAGCAAACACCUAUACCCAGUGGCCUGUAGAUGGCAAGGUCUCGGACGACACGCUCGACGACCACGAGGGCUGCCGCAACAAAUCCGCGGAUGUGAUUGUCUUCUCGCCUCUUCGCAAUCCUCAGAAUUCAGGAUGGUAUUGGGAGUAUGAUGUUCAAGGCUUCGAUUCCUCGCAGUCUACCGCGCGCUCCGCCUCCGUAACUACUAACAUGUGGAUAAGCAGGCGCGCAAUAUUGGCCUUGGAAGACAUGACGGCGGAUCGCCACCAGUCCAUGUUCUGCGAGGCGAUGGCGCCCAGUCUUGCGUUUCAGUCGCCGCUUCGAUCUGUGCCGCAGGAUGCUGUCCAAUGUGCUGCACGAUUCAAGGUGGUCCACUUUCCGCAUCCUGUCGCUUUCAAGUACCAAGCGUCACCAAGUCAGCUGAAUCGACUGCUCAAUCCGUCUCGAGCGAUCUUGUCUAAACAAAACGAAGAGCCACUCAAAGACACGUCAUACUACUACGCAUCCAGCAUUGCUCGUCCUAUCUACGAACAGUGGAAGUUGCAGACCGACGCGUGCAUCCCCCCACUCGUGCUGCAUCCCAUCAAAAGUGUCUCGCAACAGACAGAACUGCAUCGCUCGACUUGGCUACGUGCUUGGUUCUUUGCAUCCGAUUCGCUCUCCCUCUGCGACCAAAGCACGCACAAUGAAUGUGUAGAGCAUCUUGACUCGGACAUCAAGAGGUACUUGCGCCGGUCUUUGAGCUCUCCAGCGCCACGAUCGUUGCACCGGUGGGACCUUGAACAUCCUCGGUACAUCAGCAAGAAACCCUGGAUAAUGAACUCGAGCACGAAAAGUCUGGUAACCACCCUAUCUCUCCUCGUUACCGCCAGCGUCGUACUUCGGUUCGUAUGGAACUGGAUCGCCAGACCUGUCGAUUCGCUCCAUAGUGACUACCUCCCGUUAGCUACACGCUGA